UCAGCCGGGAGGUCCAAGAAUGGAUAUGUUUUCCAAGAGAUGGAGCUGCAGGAUGGGGAACAGGAGGAUUAUGGGCAGGAUUCACCUGUCACUCACAAGGAUCACAACUAUGACAACCAAAUCCAGAUCAGUGCGUCAGAUCCUGAAGGCCCUGGGUUUGGGCUUUUAAACACAACAAGAAAAUAUGUGAAGCCAAUGAACUUCCAGGAUGAAGUUCGUGCCCACAGAGACCUGGACAGCUUCCUGGCCGAGGCAAGCAUCCUCUUGGAUGAGAAAGCUGCUACUCUGGAUGAGGUCCUGAGACGAAUGUUAACCCACGUGGCGGAGGACGGACACGGGGGCUAUGAUGUGGACGUGGUCAUGAACUCGCUGUUCACAGACGCAGGAGGGAAGGAGUGUAACGUUCACCUUCUGUCAGAGACCAUUCAGGGUGUGACUGCUACUUCCACUGGCAUUCGUUACCAACAGUCCUGGCUUUGUAUUCUCUCUAAUGUGAGGACACUACAGAGACGUCACAUCUGUAUUGCCCGUCUGGAGAGGCCGCAGAAUUGGGGAGUCAACUGCUGUGAAGCUCGAUAUGUUGUCCUCAUCCUGGCUCCUCCUAGAACGAAAAGCACCAAGACGGCCAUCGAACUCGGCAGAACAUUUGCCACAAUGUUCUCCGACAUUUCCUUCAGACAGAAGCUUCUGGAGGCCAAGACGCAGGAGGAAUUCAAACAAGAGCUGGUCUACCAGCGACAACAGCUAUCCAUAAUCACUGAGAAGCCAGAAGUAGAGGAGGUGGAGGACUCCGAUCCACGUAAAGGGAAACCACUUAAGUGCAAAGAUUUCUUCAAGGUCGGUUAUGGAGUUUACAAGGACCUCCGUCGGAGACUUCCUCUCUACCCAUCAGACUUCACAGAUGGUAUAACAGGGAAGGACCGCUGUCUGCUGAAGUAUACUACCACUGCCAUUUUCCUCUACAUCGCUAUUCUGCUGCCUGCUAUUGCCUUUGGCUCACUGAAUGAUGAAAGCACCAGGGGAGAGAUAGAUGUUCAGAAGACCAUUGUUGGACAGAGCAUUGGUGGAGUGAUCUAUUCUUUGUUUGCUGGCUCGCCACUUGUUAUACCACUGACCACUGCACCAUUGGCCAUUUUCAUAAGCGUGAUCAGGGGCAUCUGCGAUGACUAUGACCUUGACUUUGAUUCCUUCUAUGCCUGCAUCGGUUUAUGGAACAGUUUGUUCCUCAUCCUUGGAGGCCUAUUCAAUGUCAGCCUGCUGAUGAAACUGUUCAAACGCUCAACAGAAGAAGUCAUUGCAUUGUUCAUCUCCAUUGCAUUUGUUGGGGAUGCAGUGAAAGGCACCGUCAAAAUUUUUCAGCACUUCUACCACGGGCCCAUACUGGCUACCACAAACAGCACGCUGGUGCUCCAGGAGAUUACAGAGAUUCUCGAGAAGAUGAAGAACCAGACGCUUCAUAAUGAGACGGGACACACAGAAGGACAUGCAUCCGUCUUCCUGCCUGAGUCUCUGGUGUUGUGCACGAGAGAAAGGCCCAUCCUCUGCCUGCUGCUCAUGCUGGGGACUUUGUGGCUGGGUUAUGCCCUCUACCUCAUUAAGAGGAGCCCGUAUCUGAAUGGAAAAAUCAGAGAGGUGGUGUCAGACUGCGCUUUGCCUAUCUCUGUGGUGGUAUUCUCCUUCAUUGGCUCCUACCUUUUCCUUGAUAUACAGCUUCCUAUGUUCAGUGUGCACGAUGGCCCAAUCUUCAAGUAUCCUGCAUUUGACAAGCUGACAGGAAUGAACACACUAAGUGCUGUGGGGCUGGGUUUUCUCCUCGCAUUGCUCAUCUUCAUAGACCAGAAUAUCGUCAUUUCACUUACACAUGUACCAGAACACAAGCUGCUAAAAGGCACAGCAUUCCAUUGGGACUUAAUGCUGACUGGCUUCAUCAACAUCCUCAUGUCCUGUCUCGGGUUGCCAUGGAUGCACGCUGCCUUCCCACAUUCCUCCCUACACGCCCGUCAGCUGGCCAAGGUGGAACAGCAUGUAGAGAACGGACACCUCUACUCGACUAUCGUCAGUGUAAAGGAAACACGUCUGACUUCACUUGUGGCCAACAUCCUCAUCGGCUUGUCCGCAUUCAUGCUGCCCAUCCCUCUGCAGUGGAUCCCCAAGCCUGUCCUCUACGGCCUCUUCCUCUACAUCGCAGCCACUUCACUUGAUGGGAACCAGAUGGUGGACCGCAUGGCCCUGUUGCUAAAGGAACAGACGUCCUAUCCUCCCACGCACUACAUUCGCCGGGUGCCUCAGAGGAAGGUCCACUGCUUCACAGGGCUGCAGAUGAUCCAGCUCAUCAUCCUGUGCGCCUUUGGGAUGUAUCCUCUGCCCUACAUGAAGAUGGUGUUCCCCCUCCUGAUGAUCCUGCUUGUCCCUAUCAGGACCAGUCUGCUCCCUAAAGUAAUCGAUGCUAAGUAUCUGGACAUCAUGGACGCCCAGCACAUGUAGAACAACAGCCGCAACCUUAUGAGAAGAUUAAUUACCUCCAGUACAAGGGAAACGGACUCAGAAGGAUUGAUUGUUAAUGACUGAAUGAAGUGCAUUUGGACUGCAAGAUUUCAAUGCAAGCACUCUGCUGGUGGCAAAAGUGGUCGGAUGACCAUUUACACCCCUCAUUUGCUUUUUCAUUUACCGUCAGUGUAGCUGACUUUAAUAUGUAACAUUCCUACAUUGUAUUCAGCUAUAUUUUCUUCUGUUUUGCUUCUUUUCACAUAAACACACAGGUUUAGUUAGGUC